AUGACAGCCGAGAACAGCGCACCGGCUAGUGGCGCAUCCUCAUCGGCAUCGAUCACCCACCAACACGCCACUUUCACCGAAACACCCCAAUCUCGACGGCAACGCCUCCAACAGCAAUGCCUCGAACCGUCCUCCUCCCGCUCCACUGCCUAUGGCGACCAUCGCGUCGAAGCAUGGCUCUUGCUAUUAGGCAUCACUGAGGACCACAUCCAAGCACACAUUACCACUUUGCAGGACGAAAAGCUACCAGAAAAAGAGCAGCCGAGCUCUUCUACUAAAUUCACUGACUUGGCUUCGAUACCUCUCGACAAAGAUGGCUGGCAGGUAGCUGACCAGGAUAUACUGCGAGAGGCUCCAGUGACGGCGGGUCUGGGCCGAGGUGAUGACGGGUGGAAGGUCGUCAAAUCGAAAAAGUCGAGGCGGCGGAGGGAUGACGAGACGGCUUCCACUGUGUCUGCUCCCAACUCGCCUGAGCUGGAUCGAUCAGAGAGGGACAGCGAUGCGGUCGAGUCGAGAGACAGCUCGCCCAAGUCCAACGACGAUGCCGAAACACCAAUAGACCCAUCCCGCAAGGUCCAUCCGCAUCAGCCUGCCACAGUCGCGACCCGCACUCCGCCACCACAAUACCUCAACCUCUCCAGCAGAGACGUCGAGCAAGUGGCCAAAGACGUCGAACGCAGCUUCAUUGGUCCAGCAUUCAAGCACCUCUUCCCACCGCAAGCCACACACUCGGACGACGGCAGCGAUGACGGCGAAAGGACACCCGCACUGAAACAGCAGCGGCGUGCUCAACUCUCGCACCUCAUCCUGACCACGCUCUCGCGCUAUCCCAGCUUGCACUACUUCCAGGGGUACCACGACAUUCUCAGCGCCGUCCUCCUCGCUCUGACCCCGCACUCACCCGAUCCUUCUGUUCGAGAGCAGGCCAUCCUCCAACUCGCAGCGGAACGACUGAGCCUGCACGUCAUCCGUGACAGCAUGACGCCCGACCUCCUCCCCAUCCUCGGUCAGCUCCGGCUCGUCUCGAACCUCGUCCACCUCUGCGACCCGGAGCUGGCCGAGCUUAUGGACCGCGCAUCGCCCGUGCCGUUCUUUGCACUGCCAUGGCUGCUGACACUGCUGACCCACGAUGCGGCGGAGGUCGAGGUGAUGCAGCGCGCAGUCGAGUUUGUGCUGGCAUACGGACCGGGUGCGGCGAUCUACCUAUGUGCGGCGGUGCUGAUGGCGAGGAGGGAGGAGGUGAUGGGGAUGGACGACGAGCAGCGGCAAGAUCCCGCUGUGCUGCAUGCCGUGUUGGGGCGGUUGCCGCUCAUUUGCGCCGAGGGGGUGCAGGGUGGGGAGAAGACGAGGGGGAGGCGCGAGGAGGCGAAUGCCAUAUAUACGGACCCGGAUGUCGAGUUGCCGAGCUUGGCGGCUGACCGUGCUCUGGCUGCGUCGAGCGGCAGUCGCAACACACCUGCAGCGGAGCGUCGGGGGAUGGCGAUCUCAACACUGCUCCAGCAAACGGUAUCGUUGAUGCACCGCUAUCCCCUAUCCGCCUUGCAAGCGCCCGCGAUCAUGGGCCCGGCGAGCGUGCUCUUCACGUGGCCGGCGCUGUUCGACCGCCCCUGCGCCUCCAUCGACUGGCACUCGGCCACCACUCUCGCCGAAACAGCUCUCGCCGGCCCCACGGAGCGCCUUGUCCAGGCCCCGCACCCGCCGCCGCCACCGUCCACCGCGGACCCCCUGCCCAGCGACGACGACGACGAAAAGCACCCGCAUCCGCACCGCGGCCGCAGCCGCAGAGACAACGCACUGACACAGCCGCACAACGCACGCGUGCUCGCCGUCGUUGGCCUGUCCGGCCUGCUCGUCGCUGCGCUCUUCACCGCGAGCCAGACUCCAGCAGCCACAGGCCGCAUGGCGUCAGCAUCAGCCGAGCAUACAAACCGUGUGCUGACCCUCAUCGUCUCGUUGCUCUCCACGUGGGGGCGUGUGGUGGGCGGCACAAGCUGA